AACACUACACAGUUUCAGCCCGGUCGCACCAACUAGAUGUAGGAUAGUACACGUUUUUUGAGUACAAAUGGUCUGUUCACUUAAGACAGAAGGUUAAAUAAGACAGAAACUUUGGUAGAAAGGUUGGUCGCCCUACCAAAAUAAUAUAAUCAGCUCUAUCAUAUGAAUCCGCAUCAUGUGACAUGGAGGAACGUACCAUAUCAUGUGACAUGGAGGGAUGUAUCAUGUCAUGUGACAUGGGCUGCAUUCCAAACACGUAAAAGACACACCCUCUCCCCUCAGCCCUCAAAUUAAGUGGACACUUCUGAUGACGUAUCAUAACAUAUGAUGAGUUGACACUUGCAGGGCAAGGAGCGAGGGAAGAAUUAAUACAUUUUAAAUGGACCGCCUUGCCCGGAAAUUCCUCACUUGUUCAUCUUACGGUUGUGUUUUCAGUUAUCAUGGAAAAACCGGUAGCUGUUGUGUGUGCUUAUAUGCGCUACAGUCAAUUAUGAUCGCUUUUCAUAUCUUGGCUAGAAGACAAAGCAUCCGCAGACAUCGAAUACUAGGCAUCUGACUAUCUCAGUGCCAGUUUGCUGACUGUACAUCAUUUCAGAUGCCCUUUGUGUUCAGAUGUGAUGAGGGACCCGGUCUCCAUUCCCUGUGGACACAGUUACUGCAGGCAGUGUAUCAGCACACACUGGGCCCAGCCCGGCCAUGCAGGAAACUAUGUGUGCCCCCAGUGCAAUAAGAGAUUCAGAGCCAAGCCUGUGCUCUACACUAACGCAGCCUUGGCCAAGGUGCUCCAGGAGCUCCAGCAGGUAGGCCUCAGUCCUGCCCUCCCUGCUCUGGGCUAUGCUGGGCCCGUGGAUGUGGCAUGUGAUAUAUGCUCUGGCCAGAAGCUGAGAGCGGUUAAGUCCUGUUUGACCUGCACUGUCUCCUACUGCGAGCUUCACGUCAGACAGCACUACACCAUCCCAGCUCUGCAGAGACACACCCUGGCCGAUGUCAUUGGAUACGGUGGACACAAAGGCCACCAUGGUAACACUGGAAAGACAGAGAGGAUCAAAGAGAAGAAUGAGGAUGAGGAUGAGGUGGAGGGGAGCGUCUCUAAAAAGAUGAAGAUGGGGGAAGAAGAUUCUGAGCUGAAGAAAAUCAUCUCUGAGCUGAAGAAGGAGAAUUCAGUAUUAAAACAAGAGGCAAUUGAGAAACAACGGAUGGACACCAUCAACAAACUCCGCUCAGACCUUCAGCAGAAAGCAGCUGAGACUGAGAGAGGAAACCUGGAGAAUAUUACAGCUGGCUGGGUGGAGGUGCCAGCUCUGGGUCGGCCCAUUCACCCUGGAAUGCUGUAUGACUGUUGCUCUGAGUCCUUCACUCCAGACGUCUUGUGUGACUCAGACAAUAAGAUAAAAGGGAAAAUAUCCCUGCCGUUCCCGUUCACUGAGACCAAGGUAAUAGAGACAGACUCUCUGCAGGAGAGGUUCAGAGCUCUGGGACUGGAUCAGCCAAUCAGAACCAGUUUCCUGUCUGGACUGGUGGAGGUGAGAGGAGCUGCAGAGUAUCUAAACCAUCCUCUCCUGCACAAAGGGGACUAUGUGACUCUGCACUACAAGAGAACCACCCGACUGGAUCAGCUGACUUCCUUCCUGUUAGAGAAGGUGAGGCGUCCUGAAGUGAUUCAGCAGCAAACAGCCACACACGUGGUCAUGGCUGUGACAUAUGGAACUCAGGCCUUCAUCGUUUGUAAGACAAACAGAACAUGGACCACAAGCAAAGUUAUAAAUAAACUGAAGAAAAUGAUCCAACUUCUCACAGCAGAGGACGAAGCUGCUCAACUAGCUAAAUCUUCUGGUCUCACCUGUACCUACUAUGGAGAUCUUGAGACAAAUAGAGGUGAUAGAGAGAUAACUGAUCUCUGUAAGUCCUUCCCUAAGCUGCUGGGGCCCAGUGGAGAGAAGGCUGUUCCUCUGAGAGUUUGGCUCUGCCCUCUGAAGAACCUGCACCCUGCAGCAACCUGUGUGAGGGAGAUGAGUGAAGACCUGCAGUCCAGGGUAGAGAGAGAGAUGGAACACUACAGAUGCAUAGGCACAAGGUGUGAGGAGAUAGUAAAGCAUGAGUGGGUCAGUAAAGUUCAGGACCUGAAGGAUAAAUUGAUACAUUUUAUAGAUCUCAUUCAACAGUACCUAGCUCAACUGCAGAAACUCAUGGGUAGAGUUUUGGUGUCUGUGAGGUCAGGAGUGCAGGAGGAGAAAGCUGUUGAAGAAGAGAUGAUAGGUCAUGAUCUGUCCCCGUUCAGAAUGGAAGCAACAGGACAGUGGCUGGAUGACAAACAGGCUGAGCUGAAGUUCCUUGAAUCUCUUGACUCUAAAAUCAGAUCUAAGAUGGUGUCUACAGACCAGCUGCAAAAAGUCAUUAGUAAUUCAAAGACAGACACUGUGGUGUGUUUCACUCUCACCUCUCUGGGUGAAACAGACCAGUAUCUCUCAUCCCUGAAGCAGCAUCUUGACUCCCUACAGACAUACUCACAUACCAGGCCUGGCCACCGCUACCAGCACACUCAACCCUGGUUCAAGUCUGAGGAGAACAAGGAGAGAGUAACAACGGCAGCUAGAGCUUUUCUUGAUUUCAUUGUCACCAAGAAACUCAAGUUCGUUGCAACCUCCAUUCCAGAUGAUUCCACUCCUGGAGCCUCCAUCCGUCUCUACCAGGGAGGCAAGUUAGUGGACUCUGACUAUGAAGCUGUGUCAAAGCCUGAGACUGUUAAGGUAGUAGACACACAGCAGAGUAGUGUGACCCUUUGCUUAUCCCCGUCGAAGACUGGACAAACUGACAGGUUCAGAGUGGAGUACAGACCUGUCAGACCUGACCUGUUCUUUCUCCAUGAGGAGAAGAACUGGAGAAGCAUGAUGACCGGAGAAAAUGGGGAAGCCUUUGUGAUAUCAGGCCUGGAGAGAGAUACACAGUACCAGAUCAGACACAGAGCAGAGGACAUGGCAGGAGUGACUAGUGAGUUCAGUGACAUCACUGUGACAGAGACUGGGUCAGGGUCUGAGCCUGGGCGUCCGGUAGUCCAGUCAGCAGACAGAAACUCGGUCAGUCUGACCUGGAGAAGACCAGCGGAGGCUGCAGAGGGACGGCCUGUGCUCCACUACAGACUGGAGUACAGAGAGGAGGGACAGGAAGAGUGGGUCAUACUGCUAACAGACAGGGAUGAGUGUGUGUACUCCCUAACACCCACACACACCUCUUGCAGAGUCAGAGUGUGUGCCAUCUAUAGAGACGGAGACAUGAGUGAACCCAGCAAGGAAACAGUCAUCCCACUGGCAGCUGAUGUGACUCUGGACCCUGAUACAGCUCACUGUGAGUUGAUCCUGUCUGAUAAUGGGAGGAGAGUGACAGCAGGAAAAAAUAGGAAGGUUCCUAAUAAUCCACUGAGAUUUGAUGGGUGGUCCUGUAUCCUGGGGAAGGAGGGCUUCCACUCAGGACGACACUUCUGGCACGUGGAGGUGAAUAUUGAGGUGGAGGCAAGUUGGGCUGUAGGAGUGACCAGGGAGUCUGCUGAAAGGAAAGGAUGGUUCUCUUUCUCUCCAAAUGAAGGUUACUGGUGUCUAAGUAAACCUUCUUAUAGUUCCACCCUGUGUGUCUUCAAGACCAACCUCCCCUGGCCCUCUAACCUCAAAGUGUUGGAUGUGUGUGUGGAUAUUGAGGAGAGGUGGGUCUCCUUCUACAACGCUGUGUCCAGGAGUCAUGUCUACACCAUCACUGACAUGGUCUUCACUAAGGGAGAGAGGAUCUACCCACUUUUUAGAACUUAUGGAAGAGAUAAAGGCCUUGUGAUCCAGGAGCUGAAAUAGAUUUCCAGGCAUCAUAAGAACCCUGACAACAUUAGAGGUUCAGGGUGCGACUUAAUUAUCUCCCCUUUCUCCCAUAGUGUGCACUUGCUUACGCACUUUCACUGAUUUGAAAGAAAAUGACUGAUAUAAGAAAUAUGAUGGAAACUAACUCCCACUAGCACAUGACUACACCGAUCCAAAAUAUCAAUGGGGAGUAAUGAACGAGUGCACACUUCAGGAAGAAGGAGAGAUUAUUGGGACACACUCAGCGUGUGUGACGUUCUGAUGUGUUUUAUGUAAUUCUAUAAUCACACACCAGUGCUGUACCUCCCUCUAGUGGCUGGUGUCUGCAGCACAUAUCUCUGCCAAUGUGUGAAUAGAAAUGCUCCAGGGGUCAGCAACCGGCGCCAAAACGGCUCGCAGUGAUUUCUUGGCCCCCCAAGUUUUUUUGUUUUUUUUAAGAAUUGGGGAGGUAGAUCAGCUUUAAUACUGCAGAUAGAUUGUUGCUUCCAUCAAUGUAAUUGUCUGCAUCAUUUCCAAUACCCCAUAUAUUUCUCUGGUAAAUAUACAUAUAAAUAUAUAAAUAUACAUACAUAUAUUUAUUUACAUAUAUUUUCCUUUAUUAUUUUCCCCUAUCCCUACCACCCAUCCCCUAAUUGGAGUAAACUUAUAGACAACAGCACUUAGGCUUCUACUUCCAGCUUAUACAUACUGUAACGACCCGGUAUUGUGUUCUGUGUUUGUGGGUGUGUUAUGGUUCUCAUGGCUACUAGCAGGGGUUAAAUAUGUCAGGACAGAGGGAAAAGUUGGGGGGGUAUGAUGGGUAAUCCCGCGGGAUUUAGAAAUGCAUAAAUAGGGAUUACUGUCUCAUCUUCUUUCUUUCUGUUCGGGGCCUUGAUCUGUUCCUAUGGGAGUGACCCUUAACUCGUCAUGGUAUAAUUGUGUACGUUCGGCAUUUAGCGGUGUGGGCUGUGGCCUGAACAAUAGCCCAGUUUAGGAAUAAACCUGUGUUCUGCCCUGCA